AUGAAGUUUUUCAUCGAUGAUUUACCUGUUCUAUUUCCUUAUGCUAGGAUAUAUCCUGAGCAGUAUGCUUAUAUGUGUGAUAUAAAGAAGACAUUAGAUGUUGGUGGAAAUUGUAUAUUAGAAAUGCCUUCAGGUACAGGUAAGACCAUUUCUUUAUUAUCGCUAACGGUAGCAUACCAGAUGCAUUAUCCAGAGCAUAGAAAGAUUGUCUACUGUUCUCGUACGAUGUCAGAAAUAGAAAAAGCGUUGAUUGAGUUGCAUAAGCUAAUGGAGUACAGAACUGAUGAAUUAGGAUAUGUGGAAGACUUCAGAGGAUUAGGAUUGACAAGUAGAAAGAAUUUAUGCUUAAAUCCACUAAUCUCAAAAGAACGAAAAGGGGUCGUUGUGGAUGAGAAGUGUAGGCGCAUAACAAACGGACAACUAAAGGAAAAAAUUGAAAAGGGCCAAGUGGAACCAACUCCUGAAAACAGUUUGUGUAGUUUUCAUGAAGAAUUAUAUAACUAUGAGCAGCAUAACUUGAUUCCUGAGGGAGUAUAUUCCUUUGAUGCGUUAGUGAAAUAUUGCAAAUCAAAGGGAACUUGUCCAUAUUUCACAGUAAGAAGAAUGAUUCCAUUCUGUAAUAUUAUCAUUUAUUCUUAUCAUUAUUUAUUGGAUCCAAAGAUAGCUGAACGAGUAUCGAGAGAAUUAUCAAAAGACAGUAUUGUCAUUUUUGAUGAGGCUCACAAUAUUGAUAAUGUCUGCAUUGAGUCCUUGUCGCUAGAUUUGACGGAUGAUACUCUUAAACGUGCCACUAAGGGUGUUGGUAAGCUAAAUGUUGCUGUGAAUGAUAUGAAGACUCAAGAUAGUGAAAGGCUACAGAAUGAAUACGAGAAACUAGUGGAAGGCUUGAGAGAAGCCGAAAUAGCAAGAAACGAGGAAUUAUUUAUGAGCAAUCCAACUUUGCCGCAGGACCUCUUGGACGAAGCUAUUCCAGGGAACAUAAGAAAAGCUGAGCACUUCAUUUCAUUUUUGAAACGUUUUAUAGAAUAUUUGAAGACUAGAAUGAAAGUGUUGCAUGUUAUUAGUGAGACGCCAAUAAGUUUUCUUCAACAUUUAAAAGAACUAACUUUUAUUGACAAAAAACCCUUAAGAUUUUGCUCGGAGAGAUUGUCUUUACUUGUUAGGACCCUUGAAUUGUCAGAUAUCGAAGAUUUCACCGCAUUGAAGGAUAUAGCAACUUUUGCUACCUUAGUAUCAACGUACGAAUCUGGUUUUCAGUUAAUUUUAGAACCAUUUGAAACUGAAGGAGCUAGCGUCCCGAACCCCAUCUUGCAUUUCACUUGCUUAGAUGCAUCAAUAGCUAUAAAACCGGUAUUUGAUCGAUUUUCAUCCGUCAUCAUUACAUCUGGAACUAUUUCCCCCUUGGAUAUGUACCCUAAAAUGCUUAAUUUCCAAACAGUCAUUCAAGAGUCAUAUACAAUGACAUUGGCGAAGCGAUCUUUUUUACCCAUGAUUGUAACGAAAGGUUCGGAUCAGGUUUCAAUAUCAUCAAGGUUCGAAAUCCGUAAUGAUCCAUCUGUCGUUCGUAAUUAUGGUUCUUUGUUAAUAGAGUUUGCUAAGAUCACGCCAGAUGGAAUGGUUGUCUUCUUUCCGUCCUAUUUGUACAUGGAAUCUAUCAUAUCGAUGUGGCAAACGAUGGGAGUUCUAGAUGAGGUUUGGAAGCACAAAUUAAUUUUGGUUGAGACACCUGAUGCACAGGAGACGUCAUUAGCAUUGGAAACUUAUAGAAACGCUUGUUCCAAUGGAAGAGGGGCAGUGUUACUUUCUGUUGCUCGUGGUAAGGUUUCAGAAGGAAUCGAUUUUGAUCAUCACUAUGGUAGAACAGUAUUGAUGAUUGGUAUUCCGUUUCAAUACACGGAAUCAAGAAUAUUGAAAGCUCGUUUAGAAUUCCUAAGAGAUCACUAUCAAAUAAGGGAAAAUGAUUUUCUUUCUUUCGAUGCUAUGAGGCAUGCAGCCCAGUGUUUAGGAAGGGUUUUGAGAGGGAAAGAUGACUACGGAAUUAUGGUGCUAGCAGAUCGAAGAUUUUCUAGGAAGAAGAGCCAGUUGCCAAAGUGGAUUGCUCAGGCAUUAUAUGAUUCUGAUACUAAUUUAUCUACGGAUAUGGCUUUGGCUAAUGCGGUUAAGUUUUUGAGAAACUUAGCUCAACCAACAAAUCCUAAAGAUCAGGAAGGCGUGUCUGUUUGGAACUUAGAACAGUUAUUGAAAUUUCAGAAGGAGCAUAAUGUCAAGUAUGAACUUCAAAAUGAGAAGAAUAAAGCUCAAGAAGAGAUCGCUGAUGACUUCAUGGAUAUUGAUGAUGAAGAACUCGAGUUAUUAUGA